AUGCUUGGCCCAGCCGAGAACGGACUUUUGCGCCUUGUCGAUGAAUUACUCCUCAACAUUAUCGAUCACAUCGACAACCAGGACGCUCUUUGUAGCCUUUCCGCGACAUGCACGCGGUUCCAAGGUCUCGUUGAACCCUACAUCUGGCGGAAAUUAGAAGUUUUGACAGGGGAUCAUGCACGCAACAUUGCCACAGCACUUGACAAAAGGGAUGACCGGACGGACUAUAUCCAAGAUCUGGCUAUUCGAUACAACGAUACAUACCGCGAUGGCGUAGAGGAAUUAAACCACUUUUUGAGCCUGAUGAGUAAACUGCGCCAUCUGCACAUUGAGAGUCCUUGCCCGAACAACGUGGAAUGGCAACACGGCGGUAUCUACUUUGAUGGCGUCAGUGUAUCCGCGUUCCGGAAUGCCGAUAACACUGCCGAUGCUACAGUCAUCUUACAGAACAUCACGUUGUCGUGUUUGGACUUUGACGGAGAACUUGGAAUAUCCGCAUCGGAAACCAAGACGACGCCUCUCCGGUCUCUAACGCUUAUCGAAUGUAACGUCAACGUAAAGUUCCUUGAUGAAGUUUUGAGCCUACCCAAAGCUCUCAAGGAGCUGUCAAUUGGGGAGCGACUCCACGUGUUCCAGGAAUGCCAACCAUCUAUGGACCCCGAACGCCGCACCUCUUCCCGGCAAUUUCUCCUUGCACUACAGAAGCAAGCGCACUCGCUGCAGCGUCUGACACACUGCGGUGGCCAUGUCGGCCAUCUGACUCCGCGCGACACCGACCCUGAAGGUGCCGAAAAACUACGCUCUCUCGUUGAUCUAGAGUACCUCGAAUUGGGUUUUGAAUCACAUCUGUACUACUACCUACGGCAAAGCGGCUUUCCACCAGCCCUCAGAUCUCUUAAGAUGCUCGACUCUGCCAUCUCAAUCAACUCAGGUCACGAUCUGCGCUCGUUAUCCGACAUCGCCUUCCGCUCUCUCACAUCACUUGUAGAUGUCUGUCUCCCAAGGACACUAGCAGAAGACUUCACACUACACCUCAAGUUCUCAGAUCACUCAUUCUUCCGCCUCUUCGAGAUUGUCGACGCAACAGAACAAGCUCACCUCCUGAGCGCACUCUUCUUUGACCGCGCAGCGACCUACAAGAUUGCUUCGAUGCUCAAAUCCUACAGUACCAACUCCCACUUCCUUGUUUCGAGAGAGACUUUUCCAUCGGGAAAGUCUUUUAUCCCGCCAUACAUGCACGGUGAAGAACUUCCUGUCGAAGAGCUGAUGUACACCAGCGAUGACUUUUGGCGCUUCAACGGCAUCAACUACCGUAUCAUGGAUGACGAGAACUGGAGAGAUGAGCUCAAAAAGGGGAAGAAGCUUGCUAUCUGCAAGAGGUGUAAGACUAGGGGACUGGGUGUGGAUGCUUGUCGCAGCUUGGGUGACGGAAGUGCCUGCAUGCCUUGUAAGACGACUGAUUGGGGGGUGUGUGAAUGGGAGAGAGAUGAGAGGGGUGAGCUAGUUGGCGCUGAAGACGUGGAAGUGAGCUCGGUGUAG